AAUCUGCGCUCAAUUUGUACAGAAUGGGAGAUACUGGGAUGAAGCAAGGAGGGAUGGGUUUUCAGCCCGAAAUCAAAAGUCAAGGUUUUGGCAUGAGGCAAAUGGACAGUCCUGGGUCAUUUCUUGGAGGAAGUUCUGAGACGAUGGGAAUGAAAAGCAUGCCGCUGAGAACACCUGAAAGACACAUGGGUCCUCAAGGUUUGCCCCAACGUUUUUCUUCUCCCAGUAACCCUAUGACUCAAGCACAACCCAGAAUGGUCUUGCAGAAUCAAGAAAUCCCUUCUAUAGUGAACCGCGUGGUGACACAUUCUUCAGAUCAUUUAAGGCGAAAUCCAAAAACACCUCUACAGGAAACUGCUCAUCUUGCGGAGAAGAAGCCAUUAAACUCUCUUGGCAUGUUUGGAAAUUUAAAUCCGGACAUGGGAAUGAAACCAGGUCCAUCUUCAUCAUUGGGUCAGAUGUCUAAAACCCAGAAUCGUUAUACCAAUGAAAGCGCUUCAAGCAUACUGGAAAGCUUUGGGUUAUCAAAUGAAGACUUGGAGGAGCUCAGUCGUUAUCCUGAUGACCAGUUGACGCCGGAAAACUUGCCCAACAUUCUGAGAGACAUCAGGCUACGUAAAAUCAACCGCACCGGAGGUACGCAUGAUCAAGGUGGAGGAGGAAGACGAUCGGGAGGGGAAGUGCUACCCAGUAAAGUUAUUGACUAUGGUCAUUCAAGCAAAUUCAAGUUUAAUGACAAUUCUGCACCUUCACGGCCUUUCGACUCUUCAAGAACCGAACAGAAACCAUCACCAGUCUCCAAGCAACCAGCAGCUUCCAAUGCUAACAAGAAUAAAAAAGGCAACAAUGCAAUGGAUAACAAAAUCCCAACUAUAUCCAGUAGCCGUAAGUCAUCGUGGCAAGCUUCAAAGCUGGAUAGAUCCAACAACAAGACUUUGGUUGGUGAGCCGACAACUGCUAAAGCUAGUGAUAGCUCAGCCACCAUCUUGACUGCAGAGAAUCCUGUGAUCACUAUCCAGCCUGAUUCUACCCCUCUCUGUGAUGUUCCCGUUAUCUUGGACACUGUCGCUACCACUUCUUCUCCAGCCGUGAAUGUUGAGUCUCCAAUUGGGACUGUGGUCAGCCAGGUUAACUACCCGCCACCUGCUGAAGCAACUCCACCUACUGGGAAAGGGAACUGGGCGCCAUCCCUACCUCAAGAGGAAGCUCAGAAGCAGAAGCGUAUGCCCACACCUUCCAUGAUGAAUGAUUAUUUUGCUGCCUCUCCACGGAUAUUUCCUCAUAUCUGUUCUCUCUGUAACGUAGAAUGUAGACACUUAAAGGACUGGAUUAAACACCAGAACACCACAACCCACAUUGAUAGCUGCCGCAAGUUGCGUCAACAGUACCCAGAUUGGAACCCCCAGGUCCACACUUUAAGAAAUGAAGGCAAAAAAGAUGAGGCAAACCCAAAGAUAUCGCGAUCCAAGAGUGGAAGUCCACGUAGAACUAGGAGGUCUGGAUCGAGAUCCAGGGCUCGCAGAUCACGCUCCCGCAGCCCCAGAUCUGGGAGGAGAUCUAGGAGUCGAAGCCCACGCCGUUCUCGGCACAGCCCAAGGAGAUCCCGUAGCCCUCGUAAAGGUACUAGAUCUCCCCGGCGCUCCCCAUCUCCAAGAAGACCAAGGAGAGGCCGAAGCAGCACUCCGCCUGACAAGAGAGCCGUAGAUGCCGCCGUGCAGAGCUUUAUUGAAGCAAGUAAAUUGAAAAGCGGAGAGAAGCCAAGGCUUACAAAGCCUUCACCUGAUCCAAAGAAAUUGACACCCAAGCCAGCGAAUCCGAACGUAAAAGGCAAGAAACCAGCUGCUAGUCCUGCUGUGACUAAUACUGGCAGUAUGGUGAAGAAGACGAGCAGUUCUUCAAGCUACAGCAGCACUUCAAAGAAGCCAGGUAGCAGCAGCUCUGUUAAGUCUGGCAGCAGUAGCAACGGCAGUGCACCUCGGAGACCAUUCGGAAGCAACACGGGCAAGAAGCCAGUGACCGCCUCGUCAUCCGCCCCCAAGAAACCUGUUGUGAGUACAGGAGCUAAAAGGACCAGCACUGUUCCCAACAAGAAACCACAAAUGAACAAGAUGUCUAAUGCACAGAAAGGUCCAUCUAAGCAGCCAGCUUCCGAGCCCUACAACCCUCUGAAUAAGUUUACCAGCAAGAGUGCCUCUGACAAGGUCAUUCAUGUGACAAACCUACCAGAUAGUGGCUACACAGACCAAGAUAUCCUGAAAAUCGUCCAGCCAUUUGGAAAAGUCUGCGAUAUCCUCAUCAUUCGAUCCAAAAAUGAGGCUUUCUUGGAAACCAACUUCAAGGAGGCGGCUUCAGCUGCUGUCAAGUUCAGCGAAACGAAGCCGGUAAUAAUAAACGGCAAGCAUGUGGUCCUGUCUCUGGCUGGCCAGCAUAAAGAACCAUCGAAGACUGAAACUAAAGGUACCAGUGACGCAGAGUCUAAGCCCUCGCCUCAGAAAGCUGCACCUGCGAAGGAACAUAAAGAGGUAAAACCACACAAAGAGGAAAACAGAAAGAAAAAGCCAGGCGAGCCAAAACAUAAUAUUGAGGUUCCCCCAGGCUUCAUCAAAUGUCACCGCCUCGCGGACCCCCCACUAAAGGACGCUGAGAAAUGUGUUGUGGUUAUAUCGAAUUUACCUGAUAAAUACACCGUGGAGGAAAUAUCUAACCUGGCCAGGCCAUUUGGGGGUGUGAACGACAUCCUUGUCAUCUCCAAUUAUCGAAAGGCUUAUUUGGAGUUGCCCAGCAGAAACUCUGUGGAUUCAAUGCUCAAGUUUUACAAUGUGUUCCCAACCUGCCUUUCUGGAAAUACACUGACCAUUGCCAUGGCUCCGAGGUACAAGGAUUUGAAGAAUGAGAAUCUAAUCUUUGCUGAGAUCAUAGAACAAACUCAAUUCAAGAUCACGCCAACAAUCUAUGAAAGGUUUGUGCAUCUCGCAAAUCUGCCGGACAGUGAAAUAGAGGAGUUUGCGCUAACGCGUAUCGGGCUUCGGUUUGGAAAGGUGGAACAUUAUAUAGUGAUGAGCAAUAGGAGAAGAGCAAUCCUGCAUUUGAACACUCCCGGUGCUGCCAAGGGUAUGCACACUUUCCUGUCCCGGUUCCCAGCCCGUAUUGGGGAGUCUGUACUGACAUGCAGUCUGGUUGCCAAGACCACUCUUCCCGAGGGUGAAUAUAUAACUUAUCUGGAAGAAAUGAAAAGCUCCAAGCCUGAUCAAAACACACAUGAAGAAGUGGCCCCCCCUAUUCUUGAUGAAGUCAGCCAGUUGGAGGAGCAGCAGCCUUUGUCUGCUGACCACGUCGUCGAGGCAGAAGAGAAAGCUGAAGGCACAUUUGCUAAUGUAGAGGAGGAGGAGGAUGAUGAUGACGAUGAGGAAGCAGCAGAAGCACCUGAAGCUCCAGAGGCACCAUCGUCUUACUUUAUCCAUCCGGAGCCAGUAGUGGAGCAGUGCGAAUAUAGUGAGGCUCCUCAGACGUAUUUGGCGGCAGAGUCGGAUGUUCUCGUGUCUGUUGAAUCUGACGAGGAGGAAUGUGAAGCACCACCGUGUCCUUCUAUCCCAAGUGCAGUACCAGUGAUGGACAGUGUCAGUAUGGAACACAUGCUGACAGCUGAAGACUCGGAGGAGUCUGAAAGCCAUGAGAUGGAGACAUCUGCUAAUGAAAUGUUAGGCGAUUGUCCAAAACCUGUAGAAAACGCCUCAGCUGUAGAUGACCUGAAGCCCGAGGAUGCAGGGAAGGAGGAGUUGAGCGUUGAAGCAUCUCAAGACGCAGCUUGUGAACCCACCAAGAAGGAGUCUGAGGGUUCCUCUGCGGUCAUCAGCCCUUCCAGUAAAGAGGAGACUAUAGCCACCAGGGCUGAAGAGAACAGCGAUAAGGAAACCAAAUCUGAAUGUGGUCGUAGCCCGAGGGAAGGGAGGAGUAAACGCAGCGAAGAAAUGGCCCAAGAGGACAAGUCUAGACAGAGGAGAGAGAGGAGCAGGCAAUCUUCACAGGGAAAUGUAGACGAGCUGGCCGGAGAAGCUAGUGAAGGGUCCAAAGACGCAGAACAAGCGGCGGCGGCAGCAGCAAGCAAAGCAUCCUUAACCAGGACAGCGAAAUAUAAUCCUCAAAGGGGGGAAUUGUCUGUAACACUUACAGUGGAUAGUCAGAAGUCUUCUUCAAGGACACCAGACACCAGAAAAAGGUUUUCUGGAGAUAGGGGAUCUUCAGGAAGAGAGAGCAGCACCCCGAAAUCGAGUAGUAACCGAUCUAGUCCAUCAGAGAGCGCAUCCAGUAACCCGAAAACCGGCACUGGAUUAUACCAGACAAAGAGCAGUUACAGAGGUGCCAGCGCUCAGGACAGAGACUCAAAAGUCACCUCCAGAUCACGGGAGAGCGACUCCAGGUCCAACAGGAAGGACGACCGCUCUAAGGAUAGCAACUCGUCAUCAUCGAGGUAUACACGAAGCUCCAAUCGAAGUACUCGGGGACAAAGAUCAAAAGAGGAAGGAGAGGAUAGUUUCCCAUUCAAUCUGGAUGAGUUUGUUACGGUGGAUGAGAUUGUAGAAGAACCGACAGAUUCAGUGAAUCAGGAAGAGGAAGAGAGUAAGAAGUCUGAGGUGACUGGUACCCCCAGGAGAGGAGGAAAGAGAAAGGAAAAUUAUCCGUCUGAUUCAUGCACUAAAAAACCCAAGGAGGCGGCCGGAGAGGCCCCGGAGCUUUCUUUUGUCACUUUGGAUGAAGUCGGUGAUGAGGAAGAGAAAGAGACCACACCAGCAGCAGAAAGCAUCAAGGAUGUGGAAGCCCCAUCCCUAGUGACAGUAGACGAAGUCCACGCAGAGGACAGCACUCCUCCUAGUACACAGGAUUCGAGCGUGCUGAUGACAUUAGAUGAGGUUAGCGACGACGAGGAGCCAAAUGCAUCUGCCAUACCGAGUGGCGGCUCUUCAGCCAUCCCUGACAAAGAUCAACUAUUGACUCUCGACGAGGUCAGCGGUGAAGAUGAGGAACAGACAUCUCACUCUGAGCCAUCCAAUCCAGAUACCUGCUUAACACAAAAGACUGAGAGCAAAGAGAACAGCAGUGUGGACCCUGAAACCAAGGCAAGUCCAGACACCCCAGUUGUCCCUCCCCAAGAGCCGAACCCGGAGAGCCAUGUUGAACAGACUCUUCUCACCCUGGAUGAAGUGAAGGCAGAUGACGACGACGAGGAAUUCCUCGGUGAUAUAGAACACCAAUUCCUAACAGUCGAUGAAAUUGGUGAAGAGGAGGAAGAUUUGGAGGCUAAGGAGGAGGAGGUGGAGAAGCCGCAGCCCAAAUCAGCAAGUAAAUCAGCACAAAGAAAAUCAAGCCCCAAACCAACUGGACGAAGAGGCAGGCCCAGAAAACAUCCUUUAUCAGAAACCCCUGCCAGCAAAGACACGUCAGAGCCGACUUCUGCCGACUCCAGUAUGGUUAGUGAGCCGAAGACCCCUAAGAAGACCAAAGCAAAGGCCGCUAAAGGUGCUAACCAGAGCGUAGCCGAGGACAGCACCAUACCCACCCCGGAGAGAGUUGUACCUGAUUCAAGUACGCCUAAAGCUUCUGAAACUCCAGCAAAGAAAACAAAACUGGAAUCUCCUUCCACAGAGAAGAAGAAAUUGGGCCCAUUCAAUUCUUCGGUGCCAGUAGGUCUAGAAUUUCUUGUUCCCAAGACCGGCUUUUUCUGUGAACUGUGUUCGCUCUUUUACAUGGAUGAUGCAUCCAAGAUAAAACACUGCAAGAGCCUGCGCCAUUACCAGUCAGUGCAGAAACACUUGUCCAAGGAGGAGGAGGAGACGGCAGAAGGGAAAUCUACCAGCACGUGAGAUUCUGAACUUUCCCCCGACAUCGUUCAAGCUCCGGGAUGUGAAGUAGAACUAUAGGGAACAUUGUGUACAUUUCUUUUCCAUUUCUCACAGGUUCAUGUAUUUAACAGACGUUUAUGUUGUACACUCUGUAGACUGAUCUCAAUGUCAUAGUUGCUUUUUUUAUGAAGCCUUUAUUGCUAGUCUUUUCCAUUGUACUAAUGUUACAGUACAGCCGGUCACUGGUCUUUGGGUGCUAGACAGGGUUCUGGAUCCGAGUUUGCACCCAUUACAG